GAUAUUAAGCAUAGAAAAUAAUUCCCCUUGUCUUCCACUCUUCCUCUAUUUCCCGUCAAAGAGGAAGUGCCAUUUUUCUUCCUUCUUUUCCCAUGCGCCGGAGCAGACAAAAGGCAAAUAAAAAAAAACUCAUUUUUCCAUGUCUGGUUUUCACCCUUCUACACGGCAUACACCACACAUGACGCAAUGCACAAAACCAAUAUUGUACAUGUUUGGGAUGAACAAAAAUAGCAUAAUUGAAAGAUUUGGUCCAAAAAAAUGACCUUUUUUCCGAAGGAAGGAAUGGUCCAUUCCUAACAAACUCUGCAAUGUCGUGUUCUUGCUAAUCUGCAGCCUGCUUAAUGUCUAGCCUUGGAUAGGGCUAGGACAAACAAAGAAUUUUGUGCAGCUCCCGACAGCUGCAGUCAGUCUGGGAGUUACACUCAAUGUGAUAGGCUCUCUUGUGGACACACGGGUCCUUCCACCUAAUAAAUCGUUGAGUCACCGUAAUUUAUCCUUCACUCCUGUCGGGCCGGAUUCUCUUGUAGGCACUAGACAAGGUCCUCCCCACCUAGUCAUUGUAAUUUAUCCUCCACUAUCCUGUCAGACCGGGGUGUGGGGCCCGGGCCAAGAGAAUUUCGCCCGGGCAAGAGAGUUUGCUGUGGUGUGAAUAUGUUCUGGUGCCAUAUAUAGCAAGUAUCUGAUAAAAGAUUUCAAGAACAUGAUGUAUCUAAUACUGCCACUUUGUGUAUCCAACUGGUGAUUCUAUCACUAAAAAUGCAGUGCCAAUGAGGAUUAAGCUCUUCAGUCUUUCAUAUAGUCUUCUGCCACCCAUUCAAGUUGGUUGACAGCCAGGACCCUUCUCAGUUGAGUUCUUUAAUCUUUAGUUUUGUUUUGUUGUCUUAUACUAUUGGUUUAUUUGAAUUUUCAAAUAGCUUUAUGCAUAAACUAUGAUGUCAAAGCAGACUUUGGGUUGGCUUUCUAUCUUCAUCUACCUAACAGAAGUUCAUUUGCAUGGCAAUUUCCUAUCUUUACUGAAAUUUCAGUCUUCACAUCCUAGAAAGUUAUUAAGAAAUCUCACCACACUUUCACAAAAUCAGUGUUUCUUCUUUGCCUCUAGAGUCUAUAUGUUCAUGUAUGAAUUGAUGCAUAAGUUGCUAUAUCGCCUUGUUGAUAACUUCAGAAUAGAAACCCCUCAUGAAGACAAGAAAAACCUGAGUAUAGAUGAAUGUAUGCAUGGGAGAUUAUUUAAUUGAAUUUAUUCUUGAGAAUGUUACCCUUUUAUUGGAAGAAAAGGUGAAUUUAUUGAAGGGAGUCAAGGAGGAAGUUGAGUACAUCAGAGAUGAACUGGAAAGAAUGAUAGCUUUCCUUGGAGUAGCGGAUUCCAUGGAAGAGAAAGAUGCAGAACUCAAAGUGUGGGUUAAGCAAGUACGAGAUGCAGCCUAUGAGAUUGAGGAAACUCUUGAUCAGUUUGUUCUCCAUCAGACUAAUAUUUGUGCUCAAUAUCAACCCUUCAAUUUCCUUGCCAGAUUAUGUCUCAAAAUCAGUAAACUGCGAGCUCGCUUGGCUAUUGCUUCCAAAGUUCAAAGCCUCAAAUCAAGAGUGAGCAAUAUUUCUGAGAGACAUCAACGAUAUCGUUUCAAGUUUAAUGUCCCGGACCAAGGUUCAAGCUUGACACCUGCCAACAGCUUUGCGACUGAUUGUAGAGGUGAUGCACUUCUACUCGAAGAAUGUGAGCUUGUUGGCAUUGAUGGCCGCAAAAGACAAGUAAUUGGCUGGCUUUUGGAGGUGGGUUCCGGGCUCAAAGUUGUUUCGAUUGUUGGGAUGGGAGGAUUGGGGAAGUCCACUUUGGCUAAGAAAGUUUAUGAUGAUGCCACAGUGAGGAAACAUUUCCACAGCCAUGCUUGGAUAACUGUCUCCGAGUCUUUCAAGAUCGAGGACGUUCUCAAGGACUUAGUUCAACAGCUCUUUGAUGAAGUAAAGAAAUCGCUUCCUGAAGGACUGAAUACCAUGAAUGCUAUUAGGCUGAAAGAAGUAGCAAAAGAAUUCCUGCUUGGGAGAAGAUACAUAAUCGUCUUUGAUGAUGUGUGGGCUAUCGCAGUUUGGCAAUCUAUUCAGCUUGCAUUGCCUAAUGAAAACGAUGGAAGCCGUGUGAUUCUAACGACUAGAAUCAAUGAUGUGGGUUCCUAUUCUAUCCUAGAAUCCAACGGGUAUAAGUAUGAGCUCAAGCCUCUGACAGAAGAAGAGUCGUGGACUCUGUUUUCUCGUAAAACAUUUCAAGAGAGUGCUACUGCUUGCCCCUCACACUUGGAAGAAAUUUCCAAAAACAUCUUAAAAAAAUGCGGGGGACUGCCACUAGCAAUUGUAGCCAUUUCCGGGGUCUUGACUUCAAAGAACAAGAACAAUAUCGAGGAGUGGCAGGUGUUCAACCGCCACCUCGGCUUUGAAUUGGAAGCAAAUGACAGACUCGAGAGUAUCAGAGUCAUUUUGCAGAUUAGUUUCAAAGAGCUUCCUUUCUAUCUAAAGCCAUGCCUUCUGUACAUGAGCAUCUUUCCGGAGAAUCAUUUGAUCGAGCACAACACACUGAUCCGGCUGUGGAUAGCCGAAGGGUUCGUGAAAGAGAGAGAGGGGAGGACACUAGAAGAAGUUGCAGAUGGCUAUCUUAACGAACUCAUCAACAGAAGCUUGAUCCGUGCCAUCCAAAGCAACGACGAUGGAAGCCUCAAGUUAGGCCACAUCCACGACUUCUAUCGGGAGAUUGCUGUUUCGAAAUCUAGAGAUCAUAAUUUCGUGUCAACUGUCAAUGAACAUAUCACUACAUGGCCAAACAAAGCUCGGUGCCUAUCAGUUCAUGGCACUUUUGGAGGUGUACCGAAUAAAAGGUAUGUUGCCAGGCUCCGGUCUUUGCUUACAUUUGAUGUAAUAGAUAGCCAAUCAACAUCUUGUGCAGUCCAGUUGCUCAGUAGCUGCAAGAUGGUGAAAGUUUUAGAUCUCAGAGGAGUUCCUCUAGAAAUUUUCCCAAAAGAAAUUCUGAAACUGCUUCAUCUAAGAUACUUGAGCUUGAGAAGUACGGGAAUAAAGAUGAUUCCCAGAUCUAUCAAGAAUCUCCAAAAUCUUGAAAUCUUGGAUCUUAAACAGACUUUGGUUACUGAACUGCCAGUCGAGAUUCUCAAACUUCAAUUUAUUCGCCAACUUUUAGUGUAUUACCACGGGCAGUACUCAUAUCCAUCUUUCGAGCCAUUUGAACACUUGCACGGUUUUAAGGCACCAGUGGGAAUAGGAGGUUUGUCACGUUUACAGAAACUCAGUUUCAUUGAGUUAAACCAUGGCAGUGGCAUUAUAAGAGAAAUCGGGAUGAUGACUGAUCUGAGGAGACUUAGCAUUACAAAGUUGAGAAGGGAAGACAGUGAAACAUUGUGUUCCAGUAUCGAAAAGCUCCGAUCUUUAAGCAUAAGAUCACUGGAAGGAUGUGAAAUCCUUGAUCUAAGCUUCAUGUCUUCUCCUCCACGCUUUCUUCAGCGGCUAUAUCUGAAGGGCUGCUUACAAAAGGUGCCACAUUGGGUACCGACUCUUAAAGGCCUAGUAAAAGUAUAUUUCCAGUGGAGCCACUUAAUGGAGAAUCCGCUAGAAUAUCUCCAAGACUUACCAAACCUCGUACACAUUGAGUUUCUAAGGUGUUAUGUUGGGGAGACGCUUUGUUUCAAGGCUGGGAAAUUUGAGAAGCUGAGACUGUUAGAUCUCGACAGAUUGGAAGGCCUAAGAUCUGUAACAAUGGAGGUAGGUUCAGUUCCUCUUCUUGAGAAGCUAGUCGUUAGAAGAUGCAACUCUCUGGAGAGAGUGCCUGCUGGAAUCGAACGCCAGGUAAACAUGAAGUUCCUUGAGUUCAUAGACAUGCCAGAAGACUUUGUAGAGACAUUUCUUCCUGAUAGACGAGGCUUAGAUCACUGCAGAAUUGCACACAUUCCCGAGGUUUAUUACGCGUAUUGGAAGGAAGGUCGAUGGAUGGUUUACUCACUCGAGGAUACACAGGUGAAGGAAGACUGCAACAAAUCUGCCAUGAACACAUAUGAACAAAGGAAAUGGCUCUAGCUAGUAAUUGAUUUUGCUUUUG